AACUGUCUUCAGCCGAUCUGUCCUGAAUCUCUCCACAGGCAAAGUCCCUGCUGACGAAUGGAAUUUGCUUUACGUCGCAGUAACCCGUGCCAAGAGACAACUCAUCAUGCCGCAGUUUCUGUGCCAUCUCUUGACGCUGGCCGGAGAGUAUUAUUUAAGGCCAGAACUGACCAGCGAGGUGUGCAGUUGGGAGCCGAUCCAGUGCUCUGUCCGGGGGUGUUCCAAUUUAAUUUCUGGCGACUCUUUUGUGACCAUGAAGAAGAGGCCGUUUGCUUACAGCGGUGGAGCCAAAGAUCCCGAGGGCUACCUCUGCCACAGGUGCGUGGAGCGGCGUCUCGGUCCUCUUACGGGGCUGAUGAUUUCUCCGGAAGUGAUGGGGACGCUGGAGUUUACGGAAGAGAUCGUUGUCCUUCCGCAGGACUAUAAUAUCAUGUUGGCGCUGGCUUGAAUGGGAAAUGCUUCUCCGGGCUCCCUCUUGCUGGCGACGACUCUUCCAACUCUAUGAUUCUAAGAGGAAGGAAAGGCUUCCGUCGGGAUGACUCUGCCGUAGCAGUACGUGGGAUGGAACGCUCGUCAUGAGAGCACUGUGUGAGCGCCAUCCACGGAGAGCGAACCUCAAUGAGAGAGUGUCCCAGGGAGGGCAAAGUUUUGAACAUGGCGGCAGGGGGCACCCCAGUUCGCAGCAUUUGAGGGAUUGGAAGGUUUCUUUCGGCCUCUCCCAACACCAAGAAGCUGUCGCUGGAAAUCCUGUUUCCUUCCAUUUGUGCCUAAACCUAUAUUAUAAAGUUCUGCCUUUUGUAAUAUGAUGGGGGGUGGGGGUGGGGGUGGAGUGAGUAAAGAUUAGCACAAAUGACAGCUGUCAGUCAUGCUGUUUGGAUGAGAUUGAUAAGGCUUUGAUCUGUGCGUUCUUGUGUGUGUUUAUGUGUCAUUCACAGAAAAAAAAAGGAUUGCCAGUUCA